GGACGACGUAACUGACACUUAUCAGACAGCACCUCGAUCCCCCGGCGCCGCGUGCUCCUUCCUGAUCAGAGAACUCGCCCAAUCAGCCACUCACAGCCCGGAAAUUGGGAAGGAACAUCCUUGCAGCCCUAACGCUCCCGUCGGCUCUCUGUCAUCGUUCGAAUCGAGGUCGACGUCCAGAAGCCUAGGGAACGCAUACACACCGCUGCGUUGACCGUGCGCGCAAAGAAAAAGCUAUUACUAUUGCCAUAUCGCUAUUGCACCGGAACCCAACGAUGGAGGACCUACCUAGCGCCGAUCAGCCGCCGGUCGACUUCAGUCAACAGUACCACACAGGCCGUGUCCCAAAUAGUAAAGGGAGAGAUGGGAAGCCUAGGUUACUUCUCAUGGGCCAGAGGAGGAGUGGCAAGUCGUCGAUAGCCAAUGUAGUGUUCCACAAGCUACCUCCAAGCGAAACGCUGUUUCUCGAGACCACUUAUAGGAUAAAGAAGGAAUCGAUGCACUCGUUUAUGGACUUCCAAGUGUGGGAUCUGCCUGGCCACCUGGACUACUUUGACCCUGCAUUUGAUACAGAUAACAUCUUCGACGAAAUAGGCGCGCUCAUCUGGGUCAUUGACGCACAAGACGAGUAUCUUGACGCCAUCCAGAGGCUCAACUUCACGAUCCUCAACCUUCAACAUUCGUACCCCAACAUCAACAUUGAAGUCUUCGUUCAUAAAGUCGACGGGCUAUCAGAUGACUUCCGAGGCGACACAUUCCGCGACAUCAUUCAACGAGUACAGGACGAGCUCAGCGAUAACGGCUAUGAGCAAGCACCCAUCUCUUUCUACCAAACCAGCAUCUACGACCACUCCAUAUUCGAAGGCUUCAGCAAAGUCAUCCAGAAGCUUAUACCGCAACUACCGACGCUCGAAGCGCUCCUUAACAACCUCUGCGCUGCGUGCAACAUCGAGAAGGCCUAUCUAUUCGACAUCAUGAGCAAAAUCUACGUAGCCACCGACACCACGCCGACAGACAUUGGGAACUACGAGAUCUGUUCAGACUACAUCGAUGUCGUUGUAGACGUGGCUGAAAUCUACGGGUACGAGCGUGAGAACCAGACGCCUGAAGAAGAGUUGCUCGAGAAGGGCAACGGAGACGCAGAAAGCCUGAUCACCAUGGAGCGUAGGGGGGCCAGGUAUCUGUACUUACGGGAGCUGAACAAGUAUCUCGCGCUCGUCUGCAUCAUGGGUGACGACAGUCCCGCUGAGAAGAAGGCCAUCAUCGACUACAAUGUCGGUGUGUUCCAGGCAGGAUUGAGGAAGGUGUUCCCCAAGGGCGACCGGGAGGCCCACAUCGAGAUUGUGGCCACAAACGAUGCAGCUUCAUAGAGGAGUCUCAUCUCACUGUGCCGAAACACGAUGAAGGGCGAGGGGCGGAUCUUCCGCGGGCGACGACCAGAACAGUGAGUGGCGUCUAUAUGUACUUCACAAGCACAAAAACCAUCGUCUGCAAAGCAUACAGGCGAUACAAAUGCAAUUACCAAGCCGCAACACCAAG